AUGCUUAGUGCAUAUGAAUGUCAGAGUACUACAAUUCCUUCUAUAAAUCCACAAAAGAAGGAAAAUAAUUCAAAUAAUAAUCGUGAUUGUGUUUGUAUUUUUAUUUUGGGAAUUUUAACUUUAGCUGUUAUUUUUUCUUCUAUUUGUAUAUUUAAAUAUGCUUUGAGAGACAAAUUUGUAUAUGAUGAACUUGUUGAUUAUUUAGGUUAG